AUGGGGAAGAAACCGGAAAAUACCCAGGGUCAAGCUGCGGCGACCAGUAAGGUUAGAUCCAAAUCCAAAAAGGGGAAAGAGCUUGCACUGCCGGCGCCGAAGUGUGGCCCGACAAACCAGAUUGCAUCGCCACCGCCUGGGAUCACCUGGCAGCACUCUGUGAUGAAGGAACCGGCGGUUCAGGCUUUGGUUGAUGCUAAGCUUCUUCAGUUGAAGCUUCAAAUUGAGUGGAGGCCUGCUUUUGGCAAUGCGUGGCAAUUUGAGGAGCACCCGAAGGAGAUUGUUAUGCUUGCACACUUCAUCGAGAGAGGACUGGCGGUGCCCACUUCCGACUUCUUCAGAGGUAUUCUCGGGUUCUACAAUCUUCAGUUAGUUUACUUGAACCCCAAUGGCAUGCUCCAUAUGGCUAUCUUCGUUCAUUUGUGUGAAGUGUACCUGGGUGUCCCGCCUAGUCUUGAGCUUUUUAGGAAGUUGUUUCGCUGUAAGCUGCAGCCUAGUGCCACUAAGACGGAGGUUUUUGGAGGGGCUGGGUUUCAGCUUAGGAACUCGAGUGCUUAUCUCGAGUAUGUUUUGCCUGACUCUCAUGGUGACUGGAAGAAGAGAUGGUUUUAUAUUGGAAACCAUGAUCCUGUGUUACCAGUAGUCACUAGACAUGCUUCAAAGCAUGUGGAGAAUUGGUUGAUUGGGAAGGCUGACGACUCGACUCAUGGGGGUGACGAAGCUACUUCUGGUGAGGUAGUCGCUACUGCCAAGGACACUGUUGUCAGUGUCACGACUGUUGAAGAGUUGCAGGUGGGGGUGCCGCUUGUAAAAUUGGGGAUAGCAGUCUCUGAGUCUGUAGUUCUGGCACCGGCGGGUCCCGAGUUGGCAGCUUUGGUAUCGGUAGGUCCUGAGUUAGCAGCCUUGGCGCCGGCAGGUCUCGAGUUGGCAGCCGGGGGUGCUUCUAAAGUGACUGAUGUUGCGAAGACACCUGUAGUUGCUGCUGGUGCUUUGUUAUCCAAUGUUAUCGCCGGUGGAUUUUGCGAGGAUAUCGUUCGUGAUCCUGUGGUGCCGAGUACUCAACUGGCAGUCACUGGGAAAAAACGUGUGCGAUUGCCGCCGCGGUCAUCUCGGGAUGCUGAGGAUACCAUUCCUGUGGACGCAGAAGUGGAGUCUGGUGUUCCGACUACACUUUCUGGUCCCUUGGUUGAUUUGACGAUGGAUGACGCACCCGAGGUUGACACAAACCGUCUUGGUGCCACUAUCUCCAUGCUUCAAGAAGUUAUCCGCUCAGUGGAGAGCCAUGCAGUCCCUUCGAGUUUUGGGGGUGUGCCGUCUUCAAUGACUGUUGGUGGUACCCUGGCUUUAGUUGAUAUGACUAAAGUGGAUGAGGUUGGCGCACAAGGGGCUGUUUUGGGUGGUGCUCCGGGGCCUCAGAUUGCUAAGGAUACUAAAGGUCCAGUGCAGUGCUCGAGCUACCGUCGGAGUCGAAGUUUUGAAGAGCUAUUCAGAGCUUUCAGGACCUAUAUGACAGAGCCCAAAGAAAUGCUUGGGCCCUCCAGGAGCGAAAUGAUACUGUGCAACGAGUGGCGCAACUAGAGCAAGAAUGUGGCCGUCUUACAGAGUCUUUGAGAGUUUAUGAGGAUGCUGCAAAGUCUUUUGCGAUGGAGCGGAGGGACCAUGAAAUCCUGCAAGAGCCAUUGGAGAAUCGCUAUAAAUCUUUGAACAAGAAGUAUCAAGAGCUCAAGAGAAAAGAGAUUGUUGUGAGUAGCCAGCUUCUUGACUGGAGGAAUGCUCAUGACCGGGUAGCUGAUGAGGCUAACCAUCUUCGGGCAUCACUGGCUGAGGCUCAGGCUACAUGUGAGCAUCAGAGGGAUAGAAAAAAUCAAAAUGGAGUUAUGCUUGCUAUGGCCAUGGUGGCCUGCAGAGACCAUGGUAGGACCAUAGGAAGGCUUCAAGGCGAGCUCCAAGAAUUGACUAGUGCUGCACAGGAUGUUGUUAAUGCUAUCGCUCCGCUGAAAGAUGAUGCUGGGCCUCGCUCACUAGUUGAGCGGCUGAAGACUACUCCGGGUAAGGUUGCUGGCCUCUGCAAGGCUGUUUGCAAACAAGUCCUUGCGGUGGUCAAGUCAUAUUACCCGAGGGCAGAUUUGACGGCGGUUGGUGACGGUGUUGCUCGGAACUGCACGGAGGAUGCUUAUGUGCAGUAUCUUGAGGAGGCUGAGCCGAUCGCUUCGAAGAUGUAUGAAUUUGUAUCUUUGGAAGAGCCUUAGUCUUGUGUAGCUCUCGAGUUGUUACUUGCCGAGUACUUUGUUGGAGUUAUCAAGACAAUUUGUGAAUUUUGUUUGAAGUCUGAUGAAUGAUCUUGUCUUGGCUAAUUUUUGUAGUCUGAGGGAGCAAGUCCG